CCUCCCACCGGACACCAAGGCAAGCCAGGAGCCAACAACAAUCUCGACGCCGCCGCGGCGCCCCCACCCCAACGAUGUCGAGGCCCGCCUCGCGCCAGGCCUCCGAGGCCUCCGUGCCCUCGCGGCCCGGCUCGCGCGACAUGUUACGGGAGGCGUCGCUGUCCCGACCGUCGACGAGCCACUCGGCGUAUUCUAUUGGGGCGGCGACGCGGGGCGCGCUGUCUCCGAUUGUGAGCGAGGGCGCCCUGAGUCCUGAUAGAGUCGACGUGAACGACCGCGGCGGGGUCUUCAAGCUCACCCGGCCCGCGCUGCCUCCGUCACUGCCUCAGAUCCCGAAGCCAAAACGAAAGAAGAGCGCGCGCAGCUCCCGAAGUUCGGGCAGCUCGCGGAGUUCCCGGAGGAGUAGUCGAGGGCCGGCGCCGGCGCCGCGCAUUUUGGAGCGGCAGGCGGCGUUCGCCGACGGCGAGUGGGAGAACGAGCUCGCGCGAUCGAUCUUAAUCCUCUACGGGAGCGCGAUGGGCUGCGGCAAGGAGAUCGCGGGCCAGGAGAACGACUUCGCCGUCGACAAUGACGCCGUGAAAGCUCUGGGCUCGAAGGUCACCCAGGACGAGAUCGAUAGUGGUAAGGCUCGCGAAGCUGCAUCUAGGGAACGCAGAGAAAAGAAGAAAAAAAGACCUAAGAGGUUGAGGAAGCCGCCCUGGGAGUCACCUCCCGAUUCUGUCGUCGAGUUCGAGAAGUCGCAGGCGUCCAAGGCUGCUAGUUCGAAACCCUCCAUAUCGGCGGACCCGAACGCCAAGCCUCUACGGCCCGUCUGGUAUUUGGGCACGGGCCCCGUCCAGAGCGAGUGGGACUGCCUGCCCGAGGGCGACGACAUGCGCUUGGAUCUGCAAGCCUUAGAUGAAGCGGGCAAGUACGUCGAAUACUUAUCUUGUGUGGAGGCGUCGCUCAAUGCCUACGUAAGGCGGCGCUGCGACGGCGAGGGCGAGCAGGGGCGCUUGUUCGGGCGGCUGUGGCGGCAGCUCUGCGUCACGGCUUGUGUGUUUGUCUCGCGGGCCGUCGACCAGAGGCGACCGGCUCUGGCCAUGAAGUUGCUGGACCGCGCGAAGCAGUACUCCGUCUCGAGUGCCGCACACGUCCAAGUCAAGGCGGACGCGCGGGAAUUGCAAGCGUUCGUCGAGGACGCGUAUGCGUAUUACUACUAUUGUCGGGGCAAGUACCACGCGGCCUUACACUGCGUCGUCAAGGCGAUGAAGAUCCACGUGAAACAAGAAGAACACGCGCACGUCGCCAAGUGCCACGUGCACAGCGCCUGCAUUCUGUCGAGACUUAGGAGGCGGCCGGAGGCCGUGCGGUGCCUGGGGCAAGUUUUGUUCUUAGUGGAGUCGGAGAAGCUGGACAUGUGCGGCGACCAGCCCCACCUGAUUUGUUUGGUCGCCAUCGCGCACCACAACAUGGCCGUGGUACACUGUGUGGAAAUCAACCAGUGCGUCGGGUGCACCCGACAAUUCUUCACUAAGUCAUUUCUCAGCGAUGGCGCGGCCGUCCUGGCUCGGUCGAGCGGUGAGGAACCGGCCUCGCCACGCCAUCGAGCAGGCGUCGCGUCGAUGGCGUGGAGGACGAGGCGACGAUUCAACACGAACGCUCCGUAAAAUUUUGAUUUCCACACAGGUGGAACAGCAGGGCCUGGGGCACUUCGAGGAGGCCGUCGUCUCGGCCCAGAACGCGCGUCGAUUGGCGCGGCUCUGCCUGUCCUACUCGAAUCGGUGGUUGGAGGCCUUCGAGAACACGCACCGGACAUGUGCGGAGAGCCUGACGCUGUGUGGAAAUCAUCCGUAGCUGCGUCUGCUCGAUGGCGUGGAGUUUCCAGGCCGUCGACGCGACGUUGUCCCCGUGACCGCGUCGGCUCGAUGGCGUGGAUUGUCACGAAGGUCCACGCACUAUGAUAACCUAACUCACUGGUUGAUUUCCACACAGGUCUGACGCAAAAGGGCGACGUCAAUGAAAUGGCGAAACAGGGCAGCGACGUGCUAGCCGCGCUCAACGUAUCGCGCGGCAGCGACCGGACAUCCCUGAACGGGUCCCGGGCAUCGAGUAGGGCGCUGCGGCGCGCGAGCCGCGCGAGCCGCAGCGGCGUGUCGCGCCUGACGCCCGAGCCGGCCGCGCCUGCGUCGCGCCUCGCUCGAACGGGGGUGUCGCAGGAGUCGAGCCUCGCUACGGGGUCUGUCGUCACGGGGUAAGGAAAUGUGCAUC